CACAGGCCCCAUGUGAGCGGAUUGCAACACAUGCAGCUGCCUGGAAAGAGGGAGCCGGUGUCCUACGUCAGAGCCGCCGCCGCGGAGCCGCCGCCGGGGAGGAGCAGCCGCUGCCGCCCAGGACUGGGCCCUUAGGGAGGAGGAGGCGAGAAGAUGGCGGACGACCCCAGUGCUGCCGACAGGAACGUGGAGAUAUGGAAGAUCAAAAAGCUCAUUAAGAGCUUGGAGGCGGCCCGCGGCAAUGGCACAAGCAUGAUAUCAUUGAUCAUUCCUCCCAAAGACCAGAUUUCACGAGUGGCAAAAAUGUUAGCAGAUGAGUUUGGAACUGCAUCUAACAUUAAGUCACGAGUAAACCGCCUUUCAGUCCUGGGAGCCAUUACAUCUGUACAACAAAGACUCAAACUUUAUAACAAAGUACCUCCAAAUGGCCUGGUUGUUUACUGUGGUACAAUUGUAACAGAAGAAGGAAAAGAAAAGAAAGUCAACAUUGACUUUGAACCUUUCAAACCAAUUAAUACUUCAUUGUAUUUGUGUGACAACAAAUUCCAUACAGAGGCUCUUACAGCACUACUUUCAGAUGAUAGCAAGUUUGGCUUCAUUGUAAUAGAUGGUAGUGGUGCACUUUUUGGCACACUCCAAGGAAAUACAAGAGAAGUUCUGCACAAAUUCACCGUGGAUCUCCCAAAGAAACAUGGUAGAGGAGGUCAGUCAGCCUUGCGUUUUGCCCGUUUAAGAAUGGAAAAGCGACAUAACUAUGUUCGGAAAGUAGCUGAGACUGCUGUGCAGCUGUUUAUUUCUGGGGACAAAGUGAAUGUGGCUGGUCUUGUUUUAGCUGGAUCAGCUGACUUUAAAACUGAACUAAGUCAAUCUGAUAUGUUUGAUCAGAGGUUGCAAUCAAAAGUUUUAAAAUUAGUUGAUAUAUCUUAUGGUGGUGAAAAUGGAUUCAACCAAGCUAUUGAGUUAUCUACUGAAGUCCUCUCCAACGUGAAGUUCAUUCAAGAGAAGAAGUUAAUAGGGCGAUACUUUGAUGAAAUCAGCCAGGACACGGGCAAGUACUGUUUUGGAGUUGAAGAUACACUAAAGGCUUUAGAAAUGGGAGCUGUAGAGAUUCUAAUAGUCUAUGAAAAUCUGGAUAUAAUGAGAUAUGUACUUCAUUGCCAAGGCACAGAAGAGGAGAAAAUUCUCUAUCUAACUCCAGAACAAGAGAAGGAUAAAUCUCAUUUUACAGACAAAGAGACAGGACAAGAACAUGAGCUGAUUGAGAGCAUGCCCCUGCUGGAGUGGUUUGCUAACAACUAUAAAAAAUUUGGAGCUACUUUGGAAAUUGUCACAGAUAAGUCACAAGAAGGAUCCCAGUUUGUGAAAGGAUUUGGUGGAAUUGGAGGUAUCUUGCGGUACCGAGUAGAUUUCCAGGGAAUGGAAUACCAAGGAGGAGAUGAUGAAUUCUUUGACCUUGAUGACUACUAGGUAGUCGACAUGGGUCCGGCAAAACGUGCCUCACCCUCCAGCAUCCAACCCAAGGAGCAUACCCGUGGUGGAAUCCAAACAGAUCCCUGCCUUACAAUUGGAACAUUUCCAGAACUUAGUCCAUGAGCAUUGGAUAUUGAAAAGAAAACCGAAACAAAAACCAGACCCAACCCUACACUUUGGUUUGUCAUGGUGUCAGCGCAGCAGCCUACAACUAAGUUCCUAAAUGCCACUUUGGACUAAUUUAAAAAAGAAUCCCAGUUUUUACUUUUACUUGAUGGUGAAAUUGGUUGCUCUUGUAUUUUAUGAAAAAAAAAAUGAUUUUUUUAACCUUCAUACAUAGAAGCAAAAUACUUUAACUGCUGUAAACCUUCAAAAGUUAAUAGAAAUGAGAUCAUACUGGUUUGUUUCUUAUUUUGAUUGGAGAAAAAUUAAAUUGCUGCAUUUCGCAGUGACCCAUUUACAUGGCAUUCUCAGCUUAGACUGCAUAAGAAGAAAUAUAUGUGGUGAAAUGUUGGAACCAUUUCUCUCUUGGUCUCUGUUUAAUGUUGAAAGGGUGAGCUAAUAGGAGGCAGUUUCAACUUCACUCCCUCACACUACCCUUCCCCUCCAGACUGUCAGUUUCAAGGAUGCAGAUUGCACUGCAAAGAUAAACUGACACUUGAAGCAUUUGGGCCAGUGCUCUGUUUCCUUCCAUCUGUUUUGCAGGCGCAUUUGUGCCCAGGGUUUGGGAGCCCUUAGCAUCAAUUGCUUUGACAAGGGUUUGCAUAAUCUUGCAUACUAGAAACCAGUUUGGGAUGGAUAUGAUGGGGCUUCUGUGCUAUUGCUGGGAUUGGGAGAAAUAAAACAUGCAAUUUAAGUGGAA